AUGAUCGACGACUCACCGACCGACCACCCCGCACCGCCUCCUGACGCGGCGACAUCAGAACAGCAAGCCGGAGAUGUGUCUGGAGCAGCGGAAUUUCAGCAUCCGGACGUCAGUAACCAUGGAGCUCCCAUGCCUGAAGCCAACCAGCCGUCCGCCGGCGGUACUGAGCGUUUUGACAUUCCUCACACCAAUGUCUUGUCGCAGUCGGUCGCAAAUCGCGACAGCUCGCUCGAGUCGUCACAAUCUUUGCAAUCGUCGCUGGCAAAAGACUGGUCCGCCGCGCAUCAGUCACCUCCAGUCACUGCGGUUACCGGCGUUACAUCUGAUGACGUAAUCAACGGCGUGCAGUCAUAUGCUGGCGCAUCUGUCGCGUCGAGCAGCGGUGGGGAGAAGAGCCUUGCCGAGGCGGAAGCAACGGUUGCAGGGACGAGCGAAGCUGUGACGAUUGCGGCAGCGGCUGGUGAUGCGGCAGCAGUAGCAAGGGGAGCGAUUGGGGAGAUGGAAGGGAGGAGUGGGGGUGGCGUACCGGGCGGGGAAGGCGUGGGGGUUCAGUUGCAGCAGGCGCAGGCGCAGCUGCAGGCGCAGCUUCAGGAGCAGCUGCAAGCACUGGAAAACGUGCUGUCGCUGCUCGGACUAGGCGUCGCUUCUGCUUCGAAUUCGCGGGGUCCUGCGGAGCUGGGGGAGGAGUGGGGGGAUGGCGCAAGCGGAACGGCAAAUAGGGUUGAGGGACAAAAGGAGCGCGCGCGUCGGAGAAGAGAGGAUCUGGCCAUGGCGCGAUCAGCGAGUAGCGAUACUUCGUCCGCCCCUUCCCCGUUCGCCUCCCCCUCGGGCCCGGAAGCAGAGGGCGCGGAGCGGAAGGUUCUAGAGCGCGCAGUGGUGGAGAUGGCGCUGCUGCAGGAGGUGUCGCGCGGGGGGAUCGAGGGCUCCACUCUGGAGGAGGAGUGGGGGGAGCUGCGCCAGGCCGUCAGCCAGGACCCGCAGCUCUCGCGACUCUAUAACGAGCAGGAAGACGUGGCGGCGCGUGUGAGCAACGGUCAUGAGCUGUCAGGGAGAUAUGAUCACCCCAAACAGCAGCAUUCCCAUUCCAGCCGCACCAUAUUGAUGUACUUCCCUUCCCUCUGCCACCUGCUCACCUUGUCCCCAAUCGCCCGUGCUCCUCCCGUGCACGCCAUCAGGUGGAUGCUGUUCGGUCCAGCAGCCAGUGCAGCGGGCACGGUGUUUGGCAUGGCAGGGCUGGGCUUCGCAGCCAAGACAGCAGCAGCGGCGCCGGUGGCGGUGGCAGUGGUGCCGCAGAUGGACGCCCUCUGGCGCUCCUUUGGAGGCGCUAGCCUGGUGGCGCUGUACUGGCGCACGCUGGUGUUUGGCAAGACGUUUCGCAGCAUAGAGUGGGACCUGGAGGCGUACGAUGCGCCCAACGGCAACAUGAAGUCCAUCACCAUCCGCGUGCCCUCCCUCAACGCAGUGCGUACCAAGAUAGCGCUGGCAAACGGGCUUGCGGGCGCCAGUGAGGUGGAGCAGCUGGCGCUCUGGAUCCCCAACUCCGGGGACUUUGUGGAGCCCCUCCACCUGUCCAAGGAAGUAACUCCCAUUCUUGCCAUCUCUCAACCAUGA